UUCUUUUGUAUUUAAUCGUAGUUUACUUCUUAAAUGCAUUUAUUUGAAGAAAGAACAUGGAAGCUGGUCCUCUGCCUCUGCUGACUGUGCCAACAGCUCCUUACAAUGAUCAGAAACCAGGAACCAGCGGAUUACGGAAGAAGACCUAUUAUUUUGAAUCCAAAAUGAACUAUUUGCAGAACUUUAUCCAGAGUAUAUUUUUUUCCAUAGACCUCAGAGAUCGACAAGGAUCUUCUAUGGUAGUUGGAGGCGAUGGAAGGUACCUUAAUAAGGCUGCAGUGGAACUGAUAGUCCAAAUGGCUGCUGCCAACGGGAUUGGCCGUUUGGUCAUCGGGCAGCACGGCAUUCUCUCCACCCCAGCAGUGUCCUGCAUCAUCAGGAAAAUCAAAGCCAUCGGUGGCAUCAUUCUGACAGCAAGCCACAAUCCUGGUGGGCCCCAUGGAGAUUUUGGGAUUAAAUUCAAUACGGCCAAUGGAGGUCCUGCUCCAGAAGGAAUCACAGACAAAAUUUUCCAAAUUAGCAAAAAAAUUGAAGAGUAUGCAAUCUGCCCAGAUCUCAAGGUGGACCUGGGUACCAUUGGAAAACAGCAGUUUGAUUUGGAGAACAAAUUUAAACCCUUUACAGUGGAAAUUGUGGAUUCUGUAGAAGCUUAUGCAAGUAUGCUGAGGAACAUCUUUGACUUCAAUGCAUUAAAGGAACUGCUUUCGGGGAAAAACCACCUCAAGAUUCGCAUUGAUGCAAUGCAUGGAGUUGUGGGCCCUUAUGUGAAGAAGAUCCUGUGUGAGGAGCUGGGAGCACCAGCAAACUCUGCUGUGAAUUGCACCCCACUGGAGGACUUUGGUGGCCACCAUCCCGACCCCAACCUGACCUAUGCUGCUGAUCUGGUCCAGACCAUGAAGACAGGAGAGUACGACUUUGGAGCUGCCUUUGAUGGAGAUGGGGACCGCAACAUGAUUCUUGGCAAGCACGGCUUCUUUGUGAACCCCUCUGACUCCGUUGCUGUCAUCGCUGCCAACAUUCUCAGUAUCCCUUACUUCCAGCAGACCGGGGUCCGUGGCUUUGCCCGCAGCAUGCCCACCAGCGGGGCUCUCGACAGGGUGGCCCACGCGACAAAGAUUGCUUUGUAUGAGACUCCUACUGGCUGGAAGUUCUUUGGAAACUUGAUGGAUGCAAACAAACUGUCUCUGUGUGGAGAGGAAAGUUUUGGUACUGGCUCCGACCACAUCCGUGAGAAGGAUGGGCUCUGGGCAGUCCUGGCCUGGCUGUCCAUCCUGGCUGCCCGCAAGCAGAGCGUGGAGGACAUCAUGAAGGAUCACUGGCAUAAGUAUGGCAGGAACUUCUUCACCAGAUACGACUAUGAGGAGGUGGAUGCAGACGCAGCUGGUAAAAUGAUGAAGGAUUUGGAGGCUGUGAUGUUUGACCGCUCCUUUGUGGGGAAGCAGUUAUCAGCUGGGGACAAAGUCUACACGGUUGAGAAAGCUGAUAACUUUGAGUACCACGAUCCCGUGGAUGGAAGCGUCUCCAGAAACCAGGGCUUGCGGCUCAUCUUCUCCGAUGGCUCUCGCAUCAUCUUCCGGCUGAGCGGCACCGGCAGCGCUGGAGCGACCGUGCGGCUCUACAUCGACAGCUAUGAGAAGGAUGCUAAGAAGAUCCACCAAGACCCACAGGUCAUGCUGGCUCCUCUCAUUUCUAUUGCACUGAAACUCUCACAGCUUCAUGAAAGAACCGGCCGCACCGGUCCCACUGUUAUAACAUAAAGGCUCAUCCUGGCACCAAGGGAAAGAAGCCAGCCCGUCGCCUCUUUUAUUGUCGGGUCUGUCGCUAUAAAAGGAAUAUUAAUUUUAUCUGUGUAUUUAAGAACACUGCCCGCUACAGAUAGACAAUAAAAACCAGCUCCUGUCAA